AUGGGGAGUUUGUUCAUCAACGACGACGGCCUCCACCACACGGCCGUGCUGGGCCACAUAUCACAGCCGACUCCUAAUGACCCCUAUCGAUACCAGCACGGCUUCGGCAACCAUCAUGCGUCAGAAGCAUUCGCUGGUGCCCUGCCCAGGAACGGCACCAACCUGCCGCAGAAGCACCCACAUGGCCUGUAUGCCGAGCACCUCAACGGCACGUCAUUCAUAUCGUCACGCGAGUCCGUACUAAAUACGUGGAUGUACCGAGUCGAGUCGUGCUUCCUCCCCCUGAACCCCAACGUCGACUUCACACCACUCACCCACACAUGGGGUCCUCUACGACAGCCCGUCCCGGCCGAUGGCACCACCAACGCCGCCGAGAGGCCUGUGAAUUUCGUUGAGAGCCUUCGCACCCUCUGUGGCCAUGGCGACCCCACCCUCAAGGAAGGCCUCGCCGUCCACACCUUUGCCUUUGACGCGGACAUGAACCGGCAGGCAUUCGUCAGUAACGAUGGGGAGCUCCUUAUCGUCCCUACGCGCGGCAUCCUCGACAUCCAGACGGAGCUCGGCCACCUCCGCGUGCCACCUGGUUCCAUAGCCGUCGUCCCACCCGGCUUCCGUUUCUCCGUCAACAUUGCGAGUUUCCCGGAAAAGGCCGGGGCGUCUGGCUACAUCCUCGAGGCCUUUGGCGCGCACUUCAAACUCCCUGAGCUGGGACCACUGGGUGCGAACGGGCUGGCUCAUGUCCGCGACUUUCAGUACCCUGUGGCCAGCUUCGACGUCGACUUUGACCCGCUGCCAGUGACACCAGAGGACAGCCAAUCGUUCCCCGGCAUGACGCCCCCGUCCGACUGGCGCAUCAUCACAAAGCUUGCCGGCAAAUUCUAUCAGUAUACCCAACCACACACACCCUUUGACGUUGUUGCCUGGCACGGCCGGUAUAGCCCCUACAAGUACGAUCUGUCCCACUUCACCCACCUCACCGCCAACACAGACCAGCUCGACCCAACGGCUUACACCGUCCUCACCGCACCCUCCAAGUGGCCGGGCGUGAGUCUCGUCGAGUUCUGCGUCUUUGGCGAAAAGUACGCCGUGGCGAGGGACACGCUCCGGAUCCCGUACCACCACCGCACCAUGGCCACGGAGCUGGUGGGCAUCAUCAAGGGCAAGUACGGCGGCAGCGUGAGGAGGCUCGAGGCGGGCGGCCUGAGCUUCGAGCAGGGCUACAUGCCGCACGGGGAGAGCUACGACUGCUGGAGGCGCGAGUCCGAGCGGGAGCUCAAGGCGGAACUCGGCGGGAGGGAUUUCUUGGGGUUCAUGUUCCAUGCCUCUUCGCAUGUCGGGCUCACCAAGUGGGCCACGGAGCGGCAUCCUGAUAUUCGACUGGAAGAACCUGGCUGUUGGGACAACCUCCGGGCACCCUUUGCCGGCAGGCUCAACCAGGCCAGCCAGGCACUAGAAAAAAUGAAAGCCGCAAACGACGCUGCCAUCCAUGCCGAGCUGACAGCGCUGGCGUUUGAAGUCAUGGCGAACCGGAGGAGGCUCAGUGUGAGGAGUGUCACGGACGAUGAGGAUGACCACACGCAGACUUGUGCUUUUUGA